AACUUUGCGUCACCUGGUCACACUUGAACAGACCGCGCACGUGUAAACUGAAAAUAAAAACACCGGGAAAUAACUAAGAAUUAUAAGCUAAAAAUGGGAGACGCCGUGGAGGGUUUGUUUAUAAGCACGGCCAGCGAGGACAACACCACGUGCACUGUGCAGGACCUCCGGACGGGCACCGACCUGAUGCGCUACAAGGGCGGCGGAUGUGCCCAACACCACGGCCUGGCGACGAUUCGCCUCAACUACGUUUUUGCGGCCAACUCGGCGAAGCCCCUGCUCCACGUCUGGCCCAUUAACAAGCAGGAACAGAUGGCCGGGCUGCGGUUCGUAGUGCCCGGCAAGGUAAACGCCCUAGCCCUCACUCCAGAUGGGAACUUCCUAGUGGCCGGCAUCCAGGAGAUCAUCUAUCUGUGGCACCUCAACUCCGGCCGAAUGCUGAACACCCUGUCCAAGCACUACCAGGCCGUGACCUGUCUGCGCUUCACGGACAACGGCGAGCACUUCAUCAGCGGCGGCAAGGACGGAGCCGUUCUGGUCUGGGACCUGACCUUCUCGGCCGCCCCACUGGACAUGGCCGGCGGCAAGGACAGCACGGAACCGCUGUACAGCUUCAAUGACCACGGCCUGGCCGUUACGGAUCUGUACGCGGGCAUCGGCGGCCUGCGCUCCUACCUGUACACGGUCUCGCUGGAUCGCUGCUGCAAGGUGUACGACCUGUGCGGAGGCAUCCUGCUGCUCAGCGUGGUGUUCCCAGUGGCCCUGCACAGCGUGAUUGUCAACAAGAUGGAAACAAAGGUGUAUGUGGGCUCCGGCGACGGCAAGGUGUUUACCUUCCACAUGGACAAGGCGCCGCGCAUGAAGGAGUACCACUUGGAAGAGGAGGAGAUUCAGGCCUUUGUGGGCCACACCGCCGGCAAGGCCAUCACCUGCCUGGCCCUGAAUUUAAGCGCCACUUCGCUGGUCUCCGGCGGCGAAGACAACCAGGUGUGCGUCUGGGACGUGGACAGCCGGCAGCUAAUCAAGAGCCUUCCCCAGAACGGCUCGGUCACGAACCUGCGCAUCUACCUGCUCAGUCCCUCCAUCUUUCUGCCGGAGCACAAGCAGCCGCAGCUAUUCGCAGACAGCCUGAAGCGGAUGAUCAGUCCGCGGGACGAGUUGGAUGGCAUCGAUCUGCUAGUCGAUGAGGAGUAUCACGAGGGACGUAAGACACCAGAAAUGGAUUUUACCCAGAGUUAUCCGGGUACGGAUGCAGAGAUCAUACGCAAACUAAUAGCGGACAUGAAUACGGGAAAGGAUGAAGAGGGCGAAGCGGAGAAAGGGGAAUCCGAAGUGGAAGAAGAUCGAUCGGAGCCAGAGGUAGCGGAAUCUGAAGCAGAGGAAGAGGUUGAAUCCGGUGCGGAUGAGAUCCCCGAUGUGGAAGUGUCUAGGGAAGAUUUCGAGACCGCGUUGGCGGAUUCUAAUGAUGACGACGACACACCGAGCAACUCAAAGGCAAACGGCGUGGAUGUGCAGAAGCUGCUGGCGGAGAAUGCCCGCCUCAAGGAGGAGUCCAAGCGCAUGUUCGAGAUCAUGUUCAAGUUCAUCUCCAGUGAUGGCGCAGCCUCCUCCGGAAAGCCGAAGCGCAAGAAGCCGAGACAGAACCAGUGAGCCCUAGUCUUUAUCUGCCUUCAAUUACGUUUACUUAGGUUUAGAAUCAAUAAUACAUGAUAAUAGAAAAAAACAAAACAA